UUCUGUGAAUAGGUUAAAAGCUGCCUCAUACUGCUAUUUUUAAAUAAUUACUUUGCUUUUUUAAUUCCUACUCUGCUUUUUAUAUAUCUGCUACAUUAAAGUGGCCAAAGACUAAAGUUGUGCUUUUUUUGGUCAUCAGGUAGAUGAGGGUAACUGUCUGUGGCUAGAAUGGUUUGUUAUGUGACUGACUUGUUAAUGUAGGUUGCAACUGUAAGAUAACACAUUUCAGCAGCUGUGCAUCGUAUUAAAUUUUCUAGCACCACACGUGAGUAUGUUGACAGACUUUUUUGUUUUCUUCUCUUAAUUUAAAUCUUGAGUUUUGGUGCCAAGUUAUCUUUCCACAUGAGCUCUGCUUCAGGCUUCUGGUACUGUCAGUGCUUGUCAUUGUCACACUGAAGUCCAGGUACACAGGGUCAGAUCUCAGUAAUGUGGGCACACAUGAUGUCUGUGUACUCAAAGGAACUCAGCUGUUUCAGCAUGGUGAGUUGUGGUGGUUCUUGACUUCUUUACCUGUGCUGGCUGCUGACUCUGCUCUGAGAGUCUGAGUAGUAGAAGGGCGUGCCCCAGCACAGGAGAGCCGCUCAGUUCCUCUGCUGAGAGAGGAACAAUAGAAGUGUGAUUACUGUGAUUUUUGCAAAAAGACAAAAAUUUGCUAUUCAUGAUUAAAGUCUUUUAGCAUUUUAGGUAACUUUAUUUUCUUGAGGAAAAGAAUUCUUCUAAGUCCACCUGAUACUAAAAUAGUAUUUGUUUUUCCCUCUGGGUAGAAUCAAGGUCCACACACAUGCAGGCAUAUUGUGCUUUUUUUCUGAUUCAGUCUCAUGAUGUGGAAGGCAGGGCUGAUACCAAUCUUCUUCUCUUUAGACCAUGACUUCAUUAGAAGUUGUGUGUUUUAUGGUAGAUGUAGUGGGCAACCUUUGACAUGUAUAUUGUUAACCCAAGAGCAAGUGGCCUUUGCCUACUGUUGAUUGACAGCUGAAGAAGCAGCAGUGGGUGGGGAUAACUAGAGCCUGUGGUUCAUUGUAAGGAGGCUGCUUCACCAGUGUGGAGAUGAGCCCAGUUGUCUCUUGACAGAAGUGGCAGUAGACCACAGUUGCAGGCUACUGUGUUAGGCUUUUAUACUUAUGAAGCAGGUGUAUUGGCUCCACCUGAGAGGCAGGGCUAUCACCAGGACGAACACAUGGCACGAACACAUUUAUUUAAUGUGUUAUGUCAGAAGCUCACUUACAACUUUUUCAGGACAAAACAAGAUUUACUGUGUUAGCCAUUCACUUCUGAUGCUGAAGGUUAACUCAUCUUGAUGAUCCUGUCCUUGAGAACAGUGACCCUGUCAGAUGUCAGCAUUGUCACUGAGUUCUCUCUGCCCUCCCGGCUGCCCCUUCUCUGAUUGUCCCUACCACAGAUUCUCUGCUCUUGCUGCUGCCUUUUCCUCCAUCCAGGAACUGCAGGGUGGAGGCAGCUGUGUGGGUCUGCCUACAGGCAGAAGCAGUCAAUGUAUGACAGGACCCCAGAGGUGACAGACAUAUCUUAAAUUACUUUAUUAAUAACUUAAAUAAGAAUUAAAGUUCACUAUUUCUUUACCUGUUUUUAUAUCAAAUUAGUGCUUUAAAAACAAACCAACAACUUCCAAAUACCAAUUUUCUCUCUGUUAAAUCAUACUGGAACAUGCUAAGUCUCUUAAUGCAUGCAGACAUAGUUGUGAUUGACUUGCAAUGUUAAGCAUCCUCGGUAAUGUUGAACUUGAAAUGAAAACUUGGCACCAAAUUUAUUCAGGUAGAAACUUUUUAAAAAUAGUUUCUUCCUGUUGUUACCUGAAGAAUGCAUUGAUGAAAGUCUUCAUGAUAAUGUGUUUGGAUACCAAAGGGUUAAAAAUACACUUGUAUUUCUUUUACUGCAAUAACAGAUGUUUGCUAAUGUUUUAUCUGUACAAAUGGACAUUUUAGUAAAUGUUUUUAUUUUUACCUUUUUUUAAUGAUUCCAUUUAUUUGCUUAUUCCCAUCUAGGAAUAGUUACUAAUGUAUUUGCGAUACAGCAUACAAAUUUUAAAGUAACCAGAAUCGUGAGUUGACGGUUUUUAGUCCAUACUGUUAAACUUUUGUUGAAAUAAUUGAUAUAAAUUGGCUUCAUGCUAAAGUUACUAGAGGUAACUCUUAAAGUCAGCACGAGAACAGUCAAGGUGGCCGGCCGCACACAGUGGCUUAGCUCUGGCUGCUCCUGCACCUCAUGUGUGUGUAUGUAUUUUUAAUCCAGUGUUGCCUGCAAGUGUGAUCCCUUAUGACUGAUGUUUCCUGUGUAUGAACCAUGCCCGUUUUAAGUCACGCAGAAGAUUCUGAAUCUGUAAAAACUACACGUGUCAAUGUUUUACAGCUACGUAAUUCGAAUUGACUUGGUUUUUUCAAGUAAUCCUAGAAAGGGGGAGCAUUCACAUAGAACCUGCUGAAACUGCCACAGGUGCUUCUCCGAAACCUUACGGUUGUGGCAUUGAAUGUUCAGUAUGGCUUCCCUUCUGCACACAAGCAUACUGUUGAGCCUGAGAAAUGCCAGUGGCCUGACAGCAGCAGACAUUGCACAAACCCAGGGUUUCCAAGAGUGCACCCAGUUUCUCUUGAGCCUCCAGAACCAUCAAAUGAGCCGUUUCUGUCAUAAUGGCGCCUUGAGUGGAGGUCAUGAGAACAUACUUCCCAAUCACACUACCCUGGGAACAAAUCGAAAGAGAUGCUUAGAAGACUCAGAAUCUUUGGGAGUGAAGAAACCUCGAACCAGAGUUCCAAGUCUGGAUCACACCAUGCCUCUAGCAAAUGGUGAGGCUGAAGACGACGCCGACAGAAUGCAUGUGGACAGAGAGUUUGCAACUGUAUCAGAUAUGAAACACAGUAGCUCCGUGUUGAAUACAUUGACAAAUGGAAGUGUCAUCAAUGGACAUUUGGACUUCCCCUGCGCGACCCAGCUCAAUGGGAUGGAGAGCAGGAGUGACCCGUGCUUAACAGGAUCUAAUGGAAUUAGCAGUGGACAGCCAUUUCCCAGUGCCCAGGGUGCUGUCGCUGCUAAUGGGACUGAGGAGACAGAAAGAACCAUGGGCGUUAACCCCGAGAUGUGUGGGUCUCUCCAUCUCAACGGGAGCCCAAGUAGCUGUGUGGCCAGCAGGCCGUCCUGGGUGGGGGACAUAGGGGAGAGCUUGCACUAUGGACACUACCAUGGGUUUGGGGACACUGCUGAGAGCAUCCCUGAGCUGAGCAGCGUGCUGGAGCACUCAAGCUGUGUGCGGGUGGAACAGCGUUACGAUAGCGCUGUCCUGGGCACUAUGCAGCUGCACCACGGCUCCUGAGCCGAAGGCUCCCUCAGUUCCUCUGCAGUACCAGCUUGAGGAAGUUGCACAGCCUGUGCUGUAGGUGCCUCAGCUUUCUCAGAGAGAGUCCUUGGAGUCAUUCUGCAUAGUUUUCCGUGUGUGCUGCUGCCUGCAUAGACAUUUCUUAUGGGUGGCAGGCCUCCUGCAAGGCAUACUUUGGAGGGCUCUCUUGUUUGACACCAGCCUUUCCCCCCCCCCCCUCUUCACGUCACGAGACAUUGCCACCUUUGAUGAGGACAGUUUGGACAUAGUUUCUUAUUGCUCACCUUCACUGUUUGCUGUAGCACUCCUGAGAACACAGCUACUCCCUGUGCAAGGGGCACCCUUACAGCAGUGGUACGCAGCCACCCCAGGAAGGGAACUGUCCUUUGUGUCUUCACUGAAACCACUGCAGGUGCGCUCAGUGGUCAGGGGUGAGAUGGCCCCUUCCCUCCCUGUGUAGACUGCUGCCUGUGUUUCCUGAGCAGCAGCCUCUGCCCAGGAUGGAUCAAGGUUUGUCGUUUUCACUCCACAUUUAUAUUUGAUCUCUAGACUUUUUUACCACAGACAAUGGUUUUCUUCGCAUACAGUGGACGUUGCUGUUUGUAGGAACUGUCGGGUCAGAAUAUUUUACUAUGGUGACCUAUUUUUUUUGUUACUGUUUUUUGAGGUUUUCUGCUUAAAUAUAUAUACCACUAUAUAUCCAGUUAACGCAGAGAACUUUGGGUUUCUCUUAUUAAAGCUGCAUUAAAUUCAUGGUUUUAUAGAAAUUAGCUUUUGUUUAGGCAACUAGUGGUUAUACUGCAGAUACCCAAUGACUUCUGAUUUUUGUAAUAACUAUUGGUGCAGAUGAACUGUGAGAUGACAAAGCCAAUGUUUUAAGAGUGUACUAGCAUUUUGUUUUCAGACUGUUCUUUACAAGUUGAAUAAAAAAGAAA